AUGAAAUCUACAGUCGCUACACUACUUGCUUUGAGCAGCACUGCUCUUGCCCAUGGAGGCGUUACUCGCUACACGAUAGAUGGCAAAACCUACGAUGGCUACAAGUGGGCCAGCCCAUACGAGGGCCAAAAAGACCUGAUUCAGCGCACCUGGCACCAAGACCCGCACAAAGACGCAACCUCCAGCAAUAUGACUUGCAAUUACCACGGCACUACCGUCCCGGGUGCUUACCACGCCCCCGUAACAGCCGGUAGCACAAUUUCCGCAGCCUGGAACCAGCUCAGCUUCGGCUGGGUUCACGACAUCGGCCCAAUGAUGGCAUACAUGGCAUCUUGCGGCGAAGACUGCAGCACCACCAACAUUGCUGAGCUGGAGUGGUUCAAGAUUGCCGAGGAGGGUCUACGCCCCGGCUUUGCUAUCGGCGAGGAUGGAGCGUGGUACCAGUAUGAUAUCUGGGAGGAUAACAUUACGGAUCAUUGGAAUGUUACUGUACCGAAGAGCUUGAAGCCUGGGAAAUACAUGAUCAGGCACGAAAUCAUCAAUUUGGAACUGAGCCCAGCGCAGUUCUAUCCGAACUGUGCGCAGUUGGAUGUCAGUGGUGAGGGCGAGGCUGUGCCGAGUGCCGAGUACCUUGUCAAGUUUCCGGGCGGGUACAAGAUGACUGAUCUCGGUAUUGUGAUUGCAGGAAAGGCUCAGCAGGAUAAAGUUACAAAGGAUUACACGGUACCAGGCCCCAGGGUGUGGACAGAGUGAUUCCUCUCACGACAUGAUAGCUAGUAGGUGCCCAUUGGCUGCAGUUGUUGAUCAUCAAUUUUGUCUCAAAACUAUCAGCUGCUGCCUCCCUCGUAGGUUGUGUGUCAAGUCUCAAGAAUACGCCUCAGGUCAAUAUUACUCAAGGACGAGAUAGGAUCAUUGCGAUCAGCAUACCCUAUUCAUGACGUUACUUUGAAUUAUGCAAUUCUUCUUGAACCUUGUUCUACUCUUCAA